CGCCUCCGGCUUGCAGGGAGCAUGCGCUUCCUUCCUCACUUGGUCUCAAGGAGAGUAAGGCUACGCCCUAGCGGCUCCGCGGCGGGCCCCGCGUCACAGGAACUUCAGCACCCACGGGGCGGACAGCGCUCUCCUCCACCUGCAGACCUGACUCCCGAGCGCCCAGAACCCUUCCUAUAGUCUCUUUACUCGCUGCGGCGGCGAGCCCCACCCCCCGCUGGGUUCCCACCACUCUUCCUCCCUGCACCCGCCCUCCUAGCUCUUCCUGUUUUUACUCCUCUUUUUCAUUCAUAACAAAAGCCACCGCUCCGGGAGCCGGCGCCAGGCUGUUUCUGAGCCAAGAGUGGAAGAAUGGGGUUCCUUUGGACCGGCACUUGGAUUCUGGUGUUAGUGGUCCACAGCAGCCCAGUUCAAGCUUUCCCCAAACCGGAAGGCAGCCAAGACAAACUUGUACAUAAUAGAGAAUUAAGUGCAGAAAGACCUUUAAAUGAGCAGAUUGCUGAAGCAGAAUCAGACAAGAUUAAAAACAUAUACUCUCCAGAAAACAAGCCAGGCGAAAGCAAUUAUUCCUUUGUUGAUAACUUGAACCUGCUAAAGGCAAUAACAGAAAAGGAAAAAAUUGAGAAAGAAAGACAAUCUGUAAGAAACUCUCCAUAUGAUAAUAAAUUGAAUAUGGAAGAUGUUGACUCAACCAAAAAUCGAAGACUAAUAGAUGAUUAUGAUUCUACUAAGAGUGGACUGGAUCAUAAAUUUCAAGAUGAUCCAGACGGCCUUCAUCAGCUAGACGGAACUCCUUUAACUGCUGAAGACAUUGUCCAGAAAAUCGCCACCAGGAUUUAUGAGGAAAAUGACAGAGGAGUAUUUGACAAGAUCGUUUCUAAACUCCUGAAUCUGGGCCUAAUCACAGAAAGCCAGGCUCAUACACUGGAAGAUGAAGUAGCAGAGGUUUUACAGAAAUUAAUCUCGAAGGAAGCCAAUAGUUAUGAAGAGAAGCCCAAUAAACCCACAAGCAAGACUGAGAGUCAGAGUGGAAAAAUACCAGAGAAAGUGAUUCCAAUGGUGGCAAUUCAAGAUGGUUUUGCUAAUGGAGAAAAUGAUGAAACAGUAUCUAACACCUUAACCUUGACAAAUGGCUUAGAAAGGAGAACGAAAACUUACAACGAAGACAACUUUGAGGAACUCCAAUAUUUUCCAAACUUCUAUGCACUCCUGAAAAGUAUUGAUUCAGAAAAAGAGGCAAAAGAGAAAGAAACGCUGAUUACUAUCAUGAAGACACUGAUCGACUUUGUGAAGAUGAUGGUCAAGUAUGGCACAAUAUCUCCAGAAGAAGGUGUUUCCUACCUUGAAAACUUGGAUGAAACAAUUGCUCUUCAGACCAAGAACAAGCUAGAAAAAAAUGUUACUGACAAUAAAAGCAAGCUUUUCUCAGCGCCAUCAAUGAAGAGUCAUGAGGAAACAGACAGCACCAAGGAAGAAGCAGCUAAGAUGGAAAAGGAAUAUGGAACCUUGAAGGAUUCCACAAAAGAUGAUAACCCCAGAGGAAAAACAGAUGAGCCAAAAGGGAAAACAGAAGCCUAUUUGGAAGCCAUCAGAAAAAAUAUUGAAUGGCUGAAGAAACACAACACAAAAGGAAAUAAGGAAGAUUAUGACCUUUCGAAGAUGAAGGACUUCAUCAACCAACAAACGGAAGCUUAUGUGGAGAAAGGCAUCCUUGAUACAGAAGAAGCCGACGCCAUCAAGCGUAUUUACAGCAGCCUGUGAAAAUGGCAAAAUGGCCCAGGAGUCUUUCCACUGUGUCAGAAGACAUAAUGUAGCUCAAAACUCUCCUAAUUUUGUGAUUAAAGUUAUUUUGACCCAUGGAGUGUUAGAAAGUGCUGGAUUUAUAGUAGAUAACCUUUUAGAAGUGGUUAAGACAUAGCUUUCUUGCCAUAAAAACUAUCUGAAAAGUAAUGUUGUAAGCUGAGAUUUUGUAUAUAGAAUCCUUAUUUCCUUGUAGAUUUACAUUUUAUAAUCAGAGAUGGGUUGCUUUGGAAAAGCCUGUAAUGGACUGACCUUAAAACUGAACCUUUUUCCUACUGCGUCACACAUAUAAGCACCCCCUGAAGAAGCGGGGGUUCUGUUUCAAGGCAUGCUGGUUACCAAAGCACCUCAUAGCAUAUCUGUUACAAGAUGUCCUUUUCACUACCAGUUCCCUUUUGGUUGAAAUAAAUUCAUGUUCCCUCAAA